UAAGGAGGCGGGAAGGCAGAGAGGGGGUGACAACAGUUACGUGCGGUGCAGUAAAGUUCGAUCGAUUUUAUUGAACCGAUCAAUUGGUGUCGCCGCAACCGGAGAGAGAAGACACACAAGCACAUAAAUAUCCCGCCAGCAUUAGUGCGGUUUGUACCUUAGGGAGACUGUCAGGCAGCAGAUUAAGAUUGUGGGACAGUUUUUCUUGGUCUGGUUAGCAAGUGCAUCCUUCGUUUAGUGAGGGAGGAGUGCACGCGAAACGAGUCUUUAAUUAAAUUGCCUAUCGGGGCCCGGGAAGGGGAUCGUGAAAUGUAGAGUUGUAGUUAAAUUAACUCAAACGAUUAAAUGUUUACGAUUAUAUGAGGAGAUGUGUAAGCCUGCAGAUGUGUUCGAAAUUGGAUUGCAGUUUUUAGUGUCAUCCAUAUUUAAUGGUAAUAUUAUUCUACGGGGGAAUGUUUCCUUUUUGGUACAUAUGAACAGGCUUAUAAAAAAAGGUCGUGAAGAAGCUAUUAUUACCCAGCAAAUGCCUAAGCCGUCGAGCGACUUCAUCAAACCGUUCGAUAUUAACCAUUCAACACGAACCACGAUUGACAGGAUCAACUCUACGCCGGCUCAGAUAUGGUCAUAAUCGCAUUCGUCGGGGGCAAAAGAUCAAAAUAAACUGCGCGCUUGUCUUGGAACACAGAAACAAGAACGUUUUUUUUUUAAUCUUUUUUGCUGUGAAAUAUGUUGUGACAGCCGUAAAAUAGCAGCGGAUUAUAGUUGGUGAAGCCGUGUAAUAAUGGUUCACAAGGGUAUUAAAAGAAUCUAUCCAGUUGUUGGUAUACCAGACCCCAAAACAACAAUCAACCUCUAAUAUAUAAUUAUGAGUCUCUCGCAUUUCCUUCUUCAUGUUUUCCUCCAUCACUGGUAACGCAUAUCAUUAGGCGAAAACAACAGUACGAUAAAAUCACGACGCUAUUCACGUGUGUGUUUCGCCCCGACUCCUUUAAGGGUGUGGCCAUACUUUCCCCCCUCGCUUAUACUGUCGAAUAUGUUUUUGUGGCCGAUUAAGAGCAUAGAGCGUUUUUUUUGGUUUUUUUGCACAUGAUUAGGAUGUUUUUUUUUUGGGUUUGUGUGGUUGCUGCUGCUCCCCUUGUCAACAUGCGAAUGCCAAACCCUGCUAUAUUUCGCCCGGCUUGCGCUCGUAACCGCCCCCCACCAGGGUCAGCAGCAUCAAAUGUGGUCCGAAAUGUGAAACAUGCGAUCACCCCGACGGAUAGUGCGUCCGCUGACAAUGGCUUUCCUGAACAACGGGCGGGGUUUUGCGAUGGCCAAGACACAGUAAGAAGGUGGUCCAAACAUUCCCAAAAAGUAAAACACAGAUACAAAGCAACGCACGUAAACAUUUUAAUCGUCCCCGGUCGGUACAAAGUGAGAUGUUUGGCCAACUCUUCCCCCCCUUUUUUUUGCUUAAUCUGUCCAACUUUCAAUUUAGUUGUUCUUCUGUACCCACCCGCUUGGUUUUAUGCCUUUUUUUUCUUCUCUGUCUCAUUCAACCGAUUGAUUUUAAGAUAAUAUCGACAUUGGUGGAAUUCAGACCACCGAAACCGGACCCGACCUCGCUUCCCUUCCCUACUGCCUGUGUCCUAUAAUUUUUACGCGAAAGAAUGAGAUCGUUUUGUCGACUACUAAGCGAAUUUUACGCACACCACCGCGUAAGGCAAAUUGUUUUGUUGUGGAUCGAUCGCGCCAGCAUUCCAGUCAGCAAGGCAACAUAUUCUGCAAAAUUCCAAACAUCACCUGAAGGAGUGAUCUUCGUUUUUUUAUUAAUUCAAUUUUGCUGCAUCGUACGUCCGUGAUCGUGGCAUGGGGAAAGGGUGGAAGGUCAAAUUACCUCAUAUUGGUGCAAACGUGUCACAAUUAGGGCCCUCUAGUUAGCGACUUCUGUCAUUCUACGGUAAUUGAGGCAAAAAAGCUUCCAGCCACCAACCCGUGUACGCGGGGCAGGAACGAAGCAAAUUGCCUUAAGCAAAACAAGCGACAAGCUGGGUGUGAGAUGAACCUUCUUCCACCUUCCACCCUCAGCGUGUGUGCCUUAAAGUGUCGUGCGAUUUAGUUUUACUCGAUAAAAAUUCAACCACGAUCGCUCUCGAUCAAAAGACAGUAUCGUAAUUAUGGAGAAAAUUACGCCACGGCUGGCUGUCACUGUGUCCCCGUGAUCGUGCCUUCGAUCCUCGAGCCUUUUGCUAUAGCUGGCUACAGCGUAUGAUGAUUGGGAGGAGAGAAAAGAACCAGCACCACAGCGAAGAAGCAUUUUCAAUUUAUGUUCACGUAGACAUUUUGCGAGUGUUUUCGCAUGAGUGCACCUUUUGCGGAAACAAUACCACAUUCAACCGCUGGCAGGAAUGUUUAAUUUCGUCGCAUUUUUUACACCGAACCUGUGGCUGCACAUUUUGCACCUUUUUGUGUAGUCCACGAAAUGCCAGUUCCCAUUGUCUUUUUUAUAUAAAAAAGAAUUUUAUUGCCGGUGGAAGAAUGCACGAAUGGUGAUAUUUAUUGGGCAAUUUUAGUAACCGUUCGGUGCCAUUGAUUUGAAAGAUCAUAUAAAUUUAACCAACCAUUUGCCUUGCUUGGGAGUGUGAAAAAGAAACUGACACAAUCAGUAUUGGUGGCUAAUUUAUAUCAAUGAGCUUUGUGAAUGCAAUAAAUUCUAUAAAGAGUAGCCUUCAAAUUGAUUGUUUAGAAGCUUUCGAAACAUUUAAAUUAAACUAAAUUAGUAUCACCUGCUUAAUGUAACGAUACAUUAACUGAUCCUUCUGCACACACCACCUCAAUCACAACCAUAACCACACCAAACCGACACGAGUAAUUGAAAAGCUAACCUCACCGGACUACAUUUCAACUUCGCUCAAAACAUAGCUCCGUUUUCGUAUCCCGAAGGCAAUGCUUGAUAAUUAAUAAUUAACCCCUGUGCCUGCCACCCGUUUUGCCCCGUGUGUCCUACGCCGACGUUUAGUUUUGUACCUUUCUUUCGCUUACCAUUCAUUACCCCCGAGGUGCAUAAAACCGUACCCACUACCGUUUGGUGGUUUGGUGAGUUUCGACGGGCCGUCGGGGUUUGAUCCGGUUUGAAAUUCCAUUUGCACCCGGUGGUCGAUACACACACCCCAACGGUGGCAUCCCCGUGUCCAUUUAUCAUUUACAGCGCUCUAUAAUACCCCGUCUACAGACAGAAUGCCGGAGGAUCGCUCGCAAAAAAUAAAAAAAAACACAGGCGAAUGCUGGGCUACGGUUGGGGAAUGGUGGAAAAACAAGCAUAUGAUGGAGAUUUGUAUGGGUUCGUCGCUUUGGAAAAAGAAACCACCUGCGAACGAGGGCGAGAAGUUUGUUCCAUGUCAACGCGCGGAUCAGUUUGCAACUCGGGGCACACAAGCAGCCAGCACCACACACAAGCGCAAAUCGCAAUGGCUAUGAAAUUGAACCGUCUCCCUGUGCUCUCCUUUGGUGGAUUAUCUUCGUGUGUGCGCGCGCACAAGCAAACAUUAAAUUGGCCCCGUUGUUGAAUCCGGGCGAUGAAUGAGGAUUUACUUUGCAAAUGGUGCAUCUAUGUCCCAGUCGGAUGCUGAAGAAAGGGUAUGUUUAAUAUUUCAUUCCUUAUCUUGCGGCUCCGUGUGUCUCUCCCCCCCCGCGAGGUCAGGGCAUUCCCCACGGACAGGGAAAGGCUUUCAUUACUCACGCAGCCUGAUAUAAAUUGCUCAUAAAACGUCCGUUCCUUUAUUCGUUCGCUGCAGCUGCUAGAAAAUAGCAAAAUAGCAAAACUUGCCAAGAAAGCGUUUGCAAUGCAAAGAAAGCAGAGACAAGUAGAGGUGGCGAUGGAUGGUAGUGGUGGAGUUGGUGGUACGGCAUAAAUUAAAAUGAUAAAUUGAUACCGCCGAGAACUAACUCCCUAACAUUCCAGGGUUGCGUUUUUGCUUGCACAACGCGUUGUCGCGCGUUCAACAUGCAAUUAGCUUUUGCCAACAUUAUACGCAGGCGGUGGGCUGGGGGAAGAGGGGACAAACACACACACACACACACACGCAUAGAAUGCAACGCGCUAAAACAACCUUUUUGCCGGGCACGAACCAGCAACACAGGCACAGAGCGGUGGACUGCAUGCUGUGCCCGCUGCACCAAAGCGCCGUCUCUCUCUCUAGGAGAAGGUCUUCCCGGGUCAGUGAGUUGGGGGGGACCCCCCUGUAGUGGUGAGUUUUAGAAAAGUGAUUAUUUUCCAUGUUUGCGUGCCUUUCGCGUGCGCUGUACUCGUGAUUCCAUUAUCAGAUGUACCCGCGUAUCAAAAGGGUCACAUUGUAGUUUGAAAACUUUGUUAGCCGUUCGAAUGAUCUUUCUUGCUACAAAAAGACAUUCGUUUACACACUGCUAAUCAUCUCAUCUAAAUUGCUGUAUAAUGUAGCUCCUUGGCGUAAAAUUUGUCUCGCAACGAUGAAACUGAUAAUCGUCCGGCGCAUACAUUUUGUUCUGCGAUUUCAUAUCGUUUCGGCGGCUAAACACUGAUCAAAGGGCGGCGUCGGCAGCAGACGAUCGCUAUCACCGGCCCCCCUCGGUUGGCAAACAGGCGACAAAUAGUCAUCUACGGAUCCGAUUAGCGCAAUUUAAUCGUUUCUGCUUAGCCAUGCCAGAGUGCAUAAGUAGAUGAAUGUACAAGCCGCUGCAUAAAUGAAUAAAUGAAUUUAUCGCAAAUCCAACCUCCACACACACACACACAUGCUCCCGUGCUUGUAACGAACGUUUAAAACGUUGGUAAAGAGCUUUUCCUUCGCCCUCCCUUAUCACACACUCAUCAGUUGGCGAGACACACACACACGAACGAUAGCUUAGUCAUCGUACGGGCCGGUUUGCGGGAAAGCUCUUAUUCUUUUAUUCAUAAAUUUCCACCUCGUGUGUUCUCCCCACCCGUGUUCCCAAUCGUGCGGUACAAAAUGUUUUCGCUCUUUACGAAAUGGUUGUUUAUUUUAUCUUCAAUCGGAUCCGCGCCACUCUCUCCCCACUCCCUUAUGCCUGCGCUGACGGCUGAGGCUGCGAAAGGCACGUGAUCAUCUUGCAACCAACCGGACGGCGAAUCGUUCAAUCAAUUAUCGAAUUACCGGAAUGUCAAAAUAUUGCCCCCACCGCGUAAAACGGCCGCGUGCCGUAAAAUGUCAAUAAUCCGUAUAAACAACGAACGACGAUGUCGUUGAAGCUGGGGAUGUACAGCGAGAGCGGCCAUUAUCGUGCCGUGUUUUAAUCGAGCCACAGGGUGUGCGUGAAAUAGGGAAGCGAGACGAUCCGCCGGUAAUGAGGGGAGAAGUGUGCAAGGGGUGUGUUGUACAAUAAUAAUCAUAAUAUUUAAAGUGGCAAGAUUGGGAAGAAGAUGGCAAAAGGGCUGUUUCGUUGACUUCGUUGAGUCUCUUGCUAAAUUGAAAAUAAUGGCUUUGGCGUUUACUGUGGCGCAUUAUUUUCAUUAAGUUUUGAACGGUUAACGGCCGUUUUGAAAUUGAUGGCACACUUCUGUAAUUGAACCAAUGCAGUUGCCUUUGGAAUAAUUUACAAUCAAGUAGACACUGAGACGACAAAUGUCAAACAAUCGUACCGACCGCAUUGUUCCGCAACACUUCCCUAGUUUUGUGUGCCAAAAGUGUGUUUUAAGGCCGGGCUACAUUGAUCGUACUCCUGAGUGUAAUUUUUGUGAACGCGUACGCCAUCUAGCGGCGGCGGGUCGAAGCUAGAGGCUGGUAUAAUUUAUCUGUCAAAAAGUGUUUUGGGUCCAGGAGGCUAUAAUUUUACCCAAUGAUGGAAAGAUGUUGGAAGAUGGGGAAAAAUGUUGCCUAGCGCUUUGUAUGAAUGACGAUUUAUCCACCAACAACAAUUAACGGCCUAUUUUGUUGCAAUUUAUGGACGUUUAUAAACAUUUCAUACGGCAUACAAGUAGCCUGCUCGAAAAUUGAUGAGACACCAAGCAUGAAUAAUUUUGGCACUUAAAUUAUACCCACAUCUAGCUUGCGCUGGUCGCCACCAGAUGCGCUAGUGAAUAUAAAAAUUACGCUUGCGAGUACGAUCAAUGUAGCCCGGCCUUUAGUAAACAAAAUACGACAUGUCCGCCCAGCAAUGGAUUCACUGCAACCUGUGCAACGCCCAGAUGGCGAAUAAAGACACAAAGUUCUACCAUCUAUCCUGCCUGGACGUGCUGUGCCGCACGUGUAUGGGGAAAACAAACCGUGGCACUACCUGUCCCGUAUGCAACAACUCUCUGCGGCACUUUACCGAGCUGGGCAGUGCAAUGGGCAGGAAGGAAAAGAUGCUGUACCACUCGUUUCCGGUCGGGCUGUAUCAGAUGUCCUACCAAACGUUGCUCUUCCAGCACAAGCAACGCAAGCGCCUGGUCGAAUCAAUAUUGAAGACACGCGAAUCACUGAAGCGGCUGGAUGAGCUCGAGUCCGAAAUCAAAAACCAAGUCGCGCAAACCCAACGAAAGUACGAGAAUCUGCGGAACCAUCGACGCAGUCUUCAAGAAAACAUGCGCCAUACGGUGAGCUCCGGUGGAGGCGAGAGUAGUAACGCUCCAGUAAGCUCCGUGUGCUCCCAGACAUUGGGAACGAUCCCGCAGCGAAGGAUGUCCACGCUUACUCCGUCGGUCUGUCCGCCGAACGUGAACUCUCGCCCACCUGAGCGAAGAUAUUCGGUCGAUUCCUUCAAUUUGGCAAACAGUGUGAAGAUGUCGCAGGCAAAGUCGACGAACAGUACGUUUAAUGUAUCAAACAUUACAAAGAUGUCGCAGGCAAGCUCACAGAAUGAUUCUGGCAUCAGUAUGAGCACAAUGUCCAGUACUUUUGGCAGCGGUGGAAGCUCGUUUUCUGCCAAGAAUACACCAGCGACUAUGGUUUCUCCGAUCAGAGCGCACCGAAUUCCCGCGAGAUGCAUGUCGGUGGCAGCUGGUGUAGUCCAAAACUCUGCUACACCUCUUCCACCGCAGAGAAGAAAUUCGACGGCUACGUUUAAGCAGAUUCUGGGUGUACGAAGUCCACAAGAUAACAGCAGCAGCAGUACUGGUGAUACACGCUAAAGUUCUCUAUUUGGUGGAACGGCAGCGAAAACUGUUAUAGGUUUUUACAAACAAAAAUAAAUGACACGAUCUAUAAUGCAAACAAACGUCGUGAUACGGCAAGAUGUAAGCAAGAAAUGCUCUCAUCCAAUCGCCAUAAACUACGGCAGAACUAUAAUCAUAAAAACGGAAGCUGACACUAAAGACCAUACAGGCGAACAUUGUGUCUAACGAGCAGCGAGAGAAAUAGGAAAGCAUGUCCGUAAUCGUUGUCUAUUGGCACUUACCAUCGGUUCCCAGUAGUUUCACACGACAGUAAUGCAGAAAUGAGCAUCGUAUAAAAUAAUGGUAAGUUUUAAAUGGUCACGACAUACCGAUACAUCCAUUAAGCUGUACUGCACACACACACAAACACCACGUGUGCUAACUUCAUCCAAUCCAAUCAAGCCUUCAGGUAUUAAGACAUUCAAUUCAUGCGUUUGGGGAGGCGGUAGGGCCUACCAUUAAUAACAACCCAAGGUGCCUGCCAUCAAUUCUAUCUCAAUAGUGUGAUUAGAUUACCUUCUUGCAGUACCGUACAAAAGAACGCCCUUAACACUGGUACACACAUUGGCGGCAAAGAAACCGAAAAAAGUGGAUCAUAAACCACCACAGAAAAACCGGUACCCACAACCACGAGGACGGUGCACUUGCGGGCUGCUGCAGGCGUCGUAAACGAUCGCCAAGCCAAGUUGCUCUCGCGCUGCACUCCAUUCGGUAGCGAUUGCACCGUGCGUCCUAUAUUAUGGUUCAUUUAUUUUAUCCCUUGCAGCGUCCACUAUAAGCUACACCGCCCAGGCACGCAGGGCCACCCAUUGGAAGUGUACUGUAUGUGUGUGUAUGUAUUUUUUACUUUUAAAAUGGAUCGUACACAACAGCCCCGUCAUAAAUGUGUAGCAGGCAAGCCAUCGUGCGCAUAUUGCGUGCCAAGCGAUAUUUUGUUCUACGACCGCCGUGCGGGUUUCGCCCAUUGCCGACGGCGAUGGGAGUCAUCGCUUGGGUCCUCGGUACGUGGGACUUGGUCAAGGUGCCUUCCUCCCUUGGCCUAAGCUAAUUCAAAGGCACCACAACCCCAUACCCAGUGGGGAAGCAUCACGGCGUUCAAGAGAGGGGAGGUCAAUAUACGAUCACUUACGCUCGGGUACUCCAGAAAUAUCAUGCACAUGUGGCUCCGUUUUGUGGAGCCAUGUAUGCAUUAAAUCAAUGACAAGUAAUGCAUGGCCUAGGGGAAUCGUUUCCGCGCCUGGUGCAUCGAACGGUAUCUGAACUUCAAGGCACACACACACACCCAGUCUCUGGAGUCACAGUCUGGAGUCUGGACUAUCAAAUUAAGCACAAACCUAAACGGUUGCACAUCUUCCGCCCGUUUCGUGCCCCGAGGCUGGUGCUUUGUAGGUAAAUGAGCAGCAUAAUUUCAUGCCCCUUUCACCCUGUGCCCCGGGGAGAGGAGAACCCUUUCUAUUGACGUCUGUCAUGCCACUCGAACAGAAAGUGCCUUCUGUUGCGGAGAUGGAGAACCGAGAAACUCACCGUGACAUUGGAGUAAUUGUUUCCGUAAUUAAAAGCCCCUGCGUUUCCUUUUUGUGUCUAGCGUCAAAUUUCCCGGAUCUGCUCAGAUGAGACUUCACGGCCCUCUGUAGUGAAUCAAGCAGUGAAUCUGUCUCACUUCAUACACCUAUACACGCGCAGCCCGUGGUAAUGAGUGCAUUUCGUGCAGGAAGGGGUGUGUUUAUCCGCGCACUGAGUGAACCACCACGAUCGACCCGCCGGUCUUUCGUGACGCGGUCGUAAAAGAGGGUUGGUCCGUGCACUGGUCGACCGGCGCGAUGGAGGGAUCAGUCACACGAGAUGAAUAUACCUCCUCUACGUGGGGUUGUGUGCUGCUACUCGUGAUCACAAGUGAUCACAGCCCAGAGCGCCAUGUGCAGCGCCGUAACAGCAGUGCGAUCGUACACACGCCGUCCUUCACGUGAGCGUUGUCACGUGAUACGCACCCGUCUCGGGGUGGUAGGGAGCAGUCCGGCGCACGAGACGGCGAUUGGACAGUUUGGUAAAUAAAUCACUGACCGGGCGGGUGUCUUGUCCUCCCCACCCCACCUGGGGCGAGCGAUACUGUCUGGUAAGGAAGGUUGAGACAGGUGGAUUUGCACGGAUUGUGUCGGUCUCGUUCGAGCCUUGCCGAACUGGGGGGACGUAGUAAGGUGCGAUAUUACAUAACCCGUGCGUCAAUACGAUUAGCUGGCAGCGCCUUCGCGCGAUCGCUGUUCGAGUGUCUGUGUGUUGAG